CUGCUCUGUCUGGCCUUCGAAGAGCUUCACACCACCACGUGAAUGCAUCUGGUUUUCUUGUCUAGAAAGGAGAGAUCACUCUCUUUGAAUCUUGACCUAAAAAGACUGUAACCUAUUUAAGGGUCUUGAAGACUGAAGAGCAAAGUCUCCUAGAUGGGCAAGAAGCGCAAAUCUUCAAGGAAACCGGAAGAGGAAGACAAGGGUAUGACGGUGGUCGCCGAAGAUCUUCCCGAUGAUGACCCGGUCGAUGAUGAGCCCCACCGUUGCAUCUCUCAAUGGUCGAUCUUUAGGGUGCCAGCGCAUAUUCGUCGGGUCGAUGAGAAGGCGUACAACCCUAGGGUUGUCUCGAUCGGACCGUUCCAUCGGGACCGGCCCGGCUUGAGAGCCAUGGAAGCUCAGAAGGUGAGGUUCUACGAGCGCCUCAUGACGCGGAUGGCUUACGAAGACCGCGACGUGGGCAUCAAGAAGGCGAUGAGGAAAUUGGAGCCUGACGCGAGGAGGUGUUACUCGGAGGAGUUUGGGGACAUUAGCACCGACGAAUUUGUCGAGAUGAUGGCUCUCGAUGGUUGCUUCGUUGUGGAACUCAUGAGGCUUUACCAUGAGAACAAUCGGGACGAAGAGGGACAGUUUGUGGAAGAACCAAUAUUUGCAACGAGAUGGAUGGUGCCCAACAUCACCAGAGAUCUUCUCAUGCUCGAGAACCAAUUGCCGAUGUUCGUGCUGCAAGAGAUCUACAACCUCACCACGUUCGACCAGAACGCGGCGUCUCUAAACAAGAUCGCCCUCCUAUUCAUGGAGCCUCUGAGUCCGCAGAAGGGACAAUACUCCGACCUAAAACUUGACGACAAGGGCGAGCAUCACCAUCUCCUCGCCCUAUUCCACUCCAGCUUCAUCCCUUCCGACAUCGGUCCUCUGCGUAUUGAACAACGAGGCGCUCGAUGGAACAGGCGAGACAAUUUCCCGGGGAAGCUGUGGGUCCACGAGGCGAAAAGGCUACGGAGAGCUGGCAUCCGGUUCAAGUACAACCCCGGUAACCUCCUCAACAUAGAGUUUGCGAAUCGAGAGCUCAAGAUACCGACCCUAUUCAUCGACGAGUGGACGGGGCCGCUCCUGAGGAACUUGCUGGCUUACGAGCAGUGCAACUCGUUCGCCCUGCCGUAUAUCACAUGCUACGCGAUCUUCCUCACCAGCAUCAUCGAGACCCUGGACGACAUGGCGAUCCUGCAAGACGCAGGGAUUAUAUACCAAUCGGUGGACUAUGACGAAGAGGUGGUGGACCUCAUCAAUAGCCUCACCAAGGAGCUCGUGUUUGAUAUGCACGACAUGAGCGAUUGCUUCAUCACCCAGCAAAUCGAGGACAUCAACAAUUUCUGCAAAUCUUGGCAGAGCAAGUGCAUCUUUCAGCUCUCUCGUUUUGAAAAUAUCUUGUCAUUUAUUUUACCAUUCAGAUAGUUGUAAUAUCUUUUUAUAUUAUGCUAUUCACAUUCUAACCUUAUUUUGUAACACCAUUGAUCAUUCUUUUUUAUACUAAUUGGAUAUCCAUGUUUUGCUCAUGCAA